CUAAUCCACAUGUGGAAUUGAGCCCCACCAAGCUCACCUUCGGUCAAACCCCACCAAACUCACCUUCCGUCAAACUCCAUCAAGCUUCCCCGCCAUCAUCCGUCACUGCGCAAAGAAACACGAACUAUGGAAGCCGCAGCUAGAGCUCAGUUCGAGGCGGAAAACAAUGUCACCCUCGUAGACUCCACCAAAGACGGCCUUUACGACUACGAUGAAGCGGAGCAGAGAGCCAUAAUCGCCGACCGCCCGUGGGCCGCCGACCCGAACUACUUCAAAUAUGUGCGCAUUUCCGCGGUCGCGCUGAUAAAGAUGGUGAUGCAUGCGCGCUCGGGCGGGUCGCUCGAAGUGAUGGGCCUGAUGCAGGGCAAGAUCGCGCACGAGACGUUCGUGGUGAUGGACGCGUUCCCGCUUCCCGUCGAGGGCACCGAGACCCGCGUGAACGCGCACGAGCAGGCGUACGAGUACAUGGCGCAGUACAUCGACAUCACCCGCGAGGGAAACCGCAAGGAGAACGUCGUGGGUUGGUAUCAUUCGCACCCGGGAUACGGCUGCUGGCUCUCCGGAAUCGACGUCAAUACCGAGAUGAACCAGCAGCAGUUUAUGGAUCCGUUUCUGGCUGUCGUGGUGGAUCCCGAUCGCACUAUCUCGGCCGGGAAGGUGGAUAUCGGCGGGUUCAGGACGUAUCCUGAGGGCCACAAGCCGUCGAGCGCCGACGAGGACGACGAGUACCAGGCCAUCCCGCUUAGCAAGAUUGAGGACUUUGGUGCUCACAGUAGUCGCUACUACUCACUCGAAGUGUCGCAUUUCAAGAGCAGCCUCGACACCCGCCUCCUCGACCUGCUGUGGAACAAGUACUGGGUCGCCACACUCACGAACAGCCCGCUGCUCAACAACCGCGACUACUCGACCAAGCAAAUGCUAGACCUGGCGCAGAAGAUCUCGAAGAGCGAGAGUGCCAUCGCGGGCAAGGCGAGGACUUCACUGCCGGGAAAGAGUGGUGUGUCCGAAAAUGCGCUGCAGAAGAUCAUCAAGGAGAGCAACAAGAUCACGUCCGAGGAGAUAUCCGGUCACUUCAGUAAUGUGGUCAAGGAGAGGGUGUUUUCGCCUAUCGAGGCUCCGGCAACGUCGACGCAGUUGGCUGUGGGCGUGCAGAGGAAUGCUUAGCAAGAUUUUCGUGGAUGCUUCGUGUAUGGCGUUGGAUUACUAUUCCUUUUUGCUGCCUUCUUUCUUUCGCGUGCCUAUCAUGACUCGCGGCUUUACAAAUAAGAUGUCAUGAUCUCAAUCACACUGAUUUGCCUAUAAAUGCUUAAACUAGAUGACAUGAUUAGAGCGGACAGUGUACCUAUUCCAUUAGUGACGCCAAUGAGGUGAUUUUACUUUUUGUGGUGCAUGUUGAUGCGUGCAGGAGAAGAUCGGGG